UGACCGUUGGUGCACCGAACUCAUGGAGGAGGCCCUAGACGUCCCUCCCUACUCGCCUGAUGGUCUCAGGCCUGCAGCGUACUUCUUCAAGUUUCUCGUACGCUCACAGAUUCAUCCACGCACACGUCUGUCUGUCUGUCUGUCUGUCUGUGUCUGUAUGCGCGCACACAGGCCCGUGAGUCCAUCCUUGGCAAGGCUGCGGUGGACAGCGCCGCCAAGAGAAAGGCACAGGAGGCAGAGGCGACGGGGCAGAUGACACUCACUGGGCUUAAAGGGACCGCUCUGCAGGCCGCUGAAGGACGGGAGGCAUGGAUCAUGGCGAAUCGCCUGUAAGGUUCCGAAGGGAUGCGCUUAUUCUGUAUGUAUGGUGGCUGUUUUGUUGUGUGGUCAGGUAUGUGUGGAUUCCCGACACGAUAGUGUUCAACGAUGUGGGGAGGCAGGGGGGCAUGGAGCAGCCGCCGCCGAGAUGGUACUACUCCAACACUUCAGGACAGCUCACCUACUCUACCAAAGUCAGCACGUGACACCCAGUUACACAGAGACAGACAGACAGACAGACAGACAGACGGAGAGACAGACGGAGAGACAGACGGAGAGACAGACGGCAGCCUCAUAAUGAUUCUGCCCCUGUGCAUGGUCAGUUCAACCUCGAGACGAUCCUCAGCAAUCUGUCCAGAGGCACUUCGGGGCCCACCGCGCCCAUAGCAGUGGUCAAGAAGAUCGCCAAGAGCGCCACGACAUUCCCCAAGGGUUGUGCGAGCCAGCUGAUGACGGUGCACCAGCUGUCCAACUUCCUGCAGGGGGUCAAGGGCGCCACGGACCUCACCAUCUGUGUGCAGAAGUUCAUACCACCGCACGGCAGGAAAGCCACACUGCUCAGGUAAAAGGGACACAGAGAGGGAGAGGGGCAUGACCUCCAUGUAAAUGAGCGUAUCGAUUUCUACCGGCCGCUCUCCUUGUUCUAUUGUCAGGUGCAACUGGAGACGGGAACUCCCACCACAAGGUCUGUUCUCAUCUUGUCUCUUUUCCGCCAUCCUCUCCUUGUCCAUCUGUCCCAACGAUUCAGGCUGGUAUCUCACAAAUGGCUAUUCUCUGAGCGAGCGGCGAGUGCCGCCAUCAGCGAGGCUUCUGGUGUCGCUCAAUCCCAUCAAGGAGGUGGCGCAGAAGACGAGCACAGUAGGGGAGGCCGGGGAGGGUGCGGGGGGUGACGAGAGGAGGAAGGUUGCCGAGAAGAAGGUCGAGGUCACGCCUGCAUACACGGCGGCCCUGCAGGAACCUACAAAGAUACUCCAGAGUGAGACAGACAGGGAGACAGGGGGAGAGGGUGGAGGGUUUCCGCCACCCUUUCUGUCCCCAUAUUGUGUGGUGGGUGUCAUUACAGGAAUUGCUGACUAUGUGGGUCGUGUGUGCGGUCUGCGCUUCGAUGAGCUCAUGGGCGACUUCAUCAAAGACAGCGCAAAGCAACUCUGGCUCAUACAAGUAACCACACACAAACCCCCCCAUUCACACCCACCCAGUCACUCCUCACACUGCCAGGUAAAGGCCUUCCGUCUGGUCGCCUCGCCCUACACCCAGCCGUCCAUCGCAUGUGAAGACUCGGCCAUGCUGGAAGAGGAGGAUUAUCACGCAGCGGGUGACAGGGAGGGGCGGGAGGGUGGGAGGGGCAAAGGCAUUCCUGGCGAUCGCAGCGAGCCGUUGCAGUGGCGGUGCGGCUUCUGCAAAUGUGAAUACAGGCUGGAUGUGAGUAGGGCGGGGUGGGAGGGAGGAAGACAUGGUCGACGUGUCUUCUCAAUGCAAUGCAGAAGUUGGCGUAUCGGUUGACGCCUUCGAUGGUGCUGAGAUCGCAGGACCUGCUCAGACACAUGGGCAGGUACUGAUGUACACGCAGACACCCAUAGAGACGCGUACUGUGUGUGUGUGUGUGUGUUGGACGGCAUGACAUGGCCUGCAGGCCGCUGUCAUGGUAUGAGGAGGAGCUGCAGUCGGCGUCAAGGCUGUCUGAGAAAGAAAUAUAUCGCAUGCAGAGGUGAGGCGUGGCAGGCGCAACACCAUAUGCAUUUCAGCACCUGCUGCCAUGUCUGUCUCUCUGAAGGGCGUGUCAGGCGUGUUACCGCCUCCACAGCGCCCUGCAAGUAGCCAACCACCAUACCGUCAAUCCACUGGCGGGCCCAUAUGCCUGUCUCCUUUCUGUUGUCCUACAGGAGCUAGAAGAGGUGGAGCUUCUCUUCCACACCCGGCUGGGCCUCCCCAUUCCCCGCACCCCGCAGCACAGCGGACCGCCGCCACAACUCUCACCCAGGAGAAGACAACAACAUCAGGCAGCCGCAGCCGCACCACAGCAGCCCGGCUCUUCCUGCCUGUCUCUCCCGGCCGCAGUGGCAGUGGGGCCUCUGACGUAUACAGAGAUCAUGGCACACCACCCCGCACUCAGGGGGGGCUGGAGGGAUAGAGAUCGCGACACCCCACAAGAGAUGGAUCACGAUGCGGACACUGAGGCGGCCCCGGCACGUGCAGUGCACAUCCGCACGAGAGAGGACAUCGAGGGCGGCGACAGUGUGGCCAAGAGGCAGAGAAGGAAAGACCAGCAGCAGCGGGGUGGCGGGGGUGGUGGGAAGAGGGAGAGGCGUGUCCUGGGGUGGGUAAGCGGGGGGCUCGCCAGGAGCUAUAGAGGCUUAGUUGAGGGAAGAGGCAGACACACUCAGAUGGUCGGUGAGUGACAGACAACACAUACACUAAGCCUGAAUAUCCGUUUGUGUCUGUGUGCGGGGUAUUUCAGCACAGCGACGGUCUGUUUCCCUCGGCGGCCAUCUCAUCAGGCUGGGAGAAAGACCUCAACCUCCCCGACCUCAUCACAGCCACACACGCCGCCACGCAGCCUCACACACAAGCCCCAUCGGCAGCAGCAGCAGCAGCGGCGGUAGGCCGGCCAUCCUUCUCCCUCUCACCAGGUCUCUCCCCAAUGUCGGCAGAAGCCCCCGACUCGCCCAAAGCGCUCAUGCGGCGAAUGAUGAGCGACAUGAGACUGGCGAAGGAGAAGGAUGGACCCCGGGGCAGUGCCGACAGUGGAGAUUCCCGCGUUGCUGAUAUUGUGGCGGGGGGCCGGAGGGGCAGUGUGGCUGUGGGAGGGGGUGGUGGUGGUGGUGGUGCGCAGCUGAUGAGUGUGGUCGUCAACAGGGGCGUGACGAGUGAGGCCGGGUCGACCGCCAGGAUGAUGAUGAGAUACAGACUGUUCAUUCUCCUGCAGGUACGCAUUUAUGCAUCUGUCUCUCUCUGUCUUUCUAUCUACCAUUAUCUGUGUGUCGUGUCGUGUGUGCCUCAGGAGCUCCGGAGUGUCCCAGCCGAGUACAUAGCGACCCUCAAAGCACGACGGCAGUGUACGCUCCAGUUCCGCCUCUUCGGGCUCACACACAUCGUCCCCCUCACCCACCAUGCCCCCGUCCUACACUCACAGGACCAGCAGCAGACGGACCAAAGACGAGAGGGCGACAAAGAGGGCGAGAAAGAGGGAGGGGGAGAGGGAGAGGGAGAGAGGCGGCGGACCAUCGGGCGGUCGGACGUCCUGGGGACACAGCCCGUCAACUGCAUGCGGAUCGCGUAUUUCUUCUCGCAGAAUCCGAAGCGGCUGAUGACGUUUGUCCAUAAGAUGAAGAGCCUUAACGUCACUUUCUGCUGGCGCAACCAAAGGUGAGCGUGUGUGUGUGUGUGUGGAUGUCGCUCAUUCAUGUGCUGGCUGAUCCGUGUGUCUGUGUGUGUGUGUGUGUGUGUCUGUGUGUGUGUGUGCAUUAUACAGGCUGGGUACGUGCAGCUUAGCCCUGCAGCCGUGUUGGCGGAAGUCGAUCAGCCGGCAGAACAUCCUCCACCCCUUCACCGGCACCCCCAGCAACCUCGCCACUCUCCAACUCAAGGUCACCCCCUCCACCAAGCCCAUCCACACACAACACAACCAUGUCUCCCUCUCCCUCUGUGUGCGUGUGUUGUGUGCAGGCAGUGGUAGGCGCGACGAGUGGUGUGAUAGAGAACGUGCAGCCUUUAUCAGUGAAGCUCUACCGCGGCGUGUUCGUGCCCUCCCCCUCCUACACCGCCCCCGAGCCGCUGCCGCCCGUCUGGCUGGAGAUACUCUCCCAACACACCACCACAACCGCCACAGGCAACAAGAGCAGCGCUGCCGACAGCAGCACCGGCCAACCACAGCAGCAGCAAGACGAAGGUAAAGGAGACAGGGAGGAUGAGUACGGUGCGUUUAUCAGGCAGGAGAGUGACAGUGAUGUUUCUAGUGACGACGGCGAUGGGGAAGAUGCCGUUUUGACCAGAGGGGAGGGGGAGGGAGAGGGGGAUGCUGUGCACAUGGCGACGGCCGCGCCUUUGCUGUCGGUGUAUGAGAGUCAUCCGUACAAUAGAGACACGCACAUUGAGGCCGGCAUGGACCUGUUGAGACAUAUCGAAGAGACGGGCAAGGGCAGAUGAUGUGCUGUGUGGCUGAUUCUGAUGGGUCAUGGCCUCUCUCUUUGAUGUGACUGAUCUGUGCCGAUGGAUGGAUGGAUCUAUAGAUGGACGUUUGCAGCCAGCGGCGAUAGGCCGGUGUGUGGCUGAUUUGAUUGAUGGGCAGUGACUCCACCGACCGAUCGUUAUGAAUGUCAACCCAUAUGGC